CUCAGUCAUUCCGCUGCCGCCGGCUAGUGGGCGCGAAUACAGUCGAUAGUGUAACUACCUUGCUGUCUCUAUGGUCGGCAAGCUGUAGAACUCAUUCCAUUUUUGAAUUUUUGUAUUGUAUUCGUUAAUCGAAUACUCGUACAGUUUUUUUUUAACGCGAGUUUUGUGUUCGGAAACAUGCGACUGUUAUUUGUGUUGUUUUUCUUCUGUUGGGGAUGCGCUUGUGGAUCGGAGUCCUAUAGAGCAGCGGUAGUGGACGUGAAAGAGUUCGAGCCGAUCACCCACAACAAAUACACUUGGCUUAUAUACGAAGCGGCUAAAGCGAAUGUUGAUCUUCUGGUGCUGCCGUCACCCAGGGUGAUCUCGGAUGCCAACAAAGAAUCUUGUGCCAAUGGAGAAGGCAAUUUUGAUGAGGUAGUGACGGCAGUUUCAGCAGCGGCGCAAUCAGCUCAAAUGUACGUGGUGGCGCCACUGUACGAGAGGGUGACCUGCCAGGACAAGGUGGAGCUGGUCUCCAGUAACCUGGUCUUUGACAGGACAGGAGCUCUCAUAGCUGUCCACAGAAAAGCUUCAAACAACUUCACAAAAUGCAACACAACAAGUUCAACAGUGGGUCGUUUCACCACCGACUUUGGGGUGACCUUCGGGAUUGUCGUCGAAGAGGAUCUUAUCCUGGCCAGCCCUCAAGAUAUCGCCGGGAUUGAGAACUUUGUUGUCACUGAUAAUACAUUGUCCAAGAAAUCGUUUUUAUUUGCCAAACAAUUCGAGUCUUCCUUUGCCUUUGUGAACAAAGUCAACGUGAUUUCUUCGAGUGGCGAGAUUACCGGCGAGAGAACUCCACCUUUGAUCAUCGCUAAACUUAGAAAAAAUGGUAGCGAUCACUCAACUCUCCUAGCAAAUCCACCCCGCUCUUUUCCAAGUGAGGACCUGAGUCAAUACGUCUCCAAGCCUCUGAACGUAGAGGCCAGUUUACGAGGUUACAGCGACUCGGUCUGUCACGGCACAUUCUGCUGUCAAUUUUAUGUGAAGAGCAGCAGUAUUGGAACAAAUCCACAAGAUAUCAGCUACGGACUGAUGGCAUUCGAUGGAAUCCAUCAAUCAGGCUCCACCAACAUUGGUGUGCAAGCUUGCUCUCUGGUUGCGUGCGCUGGCUUGUACAAACGCUCGUGCUUUAUUGGGUCCAAAAACACCACUGCAGAUAUCAAGUUCAGCCAAGUGUCCAUCAACGCCAACUUCUCAAAAGAAAACUCCGCUCAAUUUCCAACCGUUUUAACUACUGCUCAAACUAUUUUCAACAGUGGAAACCUCAAAUUUUCCAUCGUUAAUAAAGAGCAAAAAAGUGUUACCAGUGAAAUUUAUAAUACGGAGAAUAUACUUACUUUUGGAAUUGUUGGUAGGGAUUAUUCUAAAGAUUUUAACGAUGUUAGGAAUAAUACUAAAGGUUAUAUUUUAGAUUUUUCAGAAUACAUUUCAAGUGAAAAUGUGCAAGAAUUUUUCGAUUAUGUCUGGAUACGAUUGAGGGUAUUGAUUUUUAUUGUAUCCGUUUAUAUUUUGGAAAUGAUGUAAAUUAGGUGUAAAUUAGUCGGAAAAAAUUGAGGGUUUUGCGUUUGAAAGAGGAAUUACUUGCGUUGUAUUCAUAUUAUUUUUUGAUUCUGUGUUAAGGUAUCAUGCCUUGAAGAGUUGAGUGAAGUUUAGAAAUAAUAAAAUGAGGUCAAGAUUUGCAUAAACUCACUGGAAAGUAUUCCUUCUUUACACGUUGUUUCGUAUUGAGAAUUUUAAGCGUUCUGACGUUUAAAAUCCUCAAUACAAAAUUGCACCCUUGUCUUAUAUGAUGAUGGUUAAAUUUAAGAUGGAUGGUAAACAAAAUAUGUAUUUGAAAUACAUUUCGUUUAGUAAAUGUUUUAUAGCGGCUGUAAGGUUAUCAUUAACAUUUAAUUCCCCUAUUUGCUAAGAUAGUGUUAAUUUCUUCUAAGAAAAUUUUACUAUACUUAUCCUAUUACUAUUUAAAAGAUUAUCUACCUUUAGUUUUAUGGUUUUGCGAUCAUAAUCAAUGUAUUUAUUUUGUAACAAGUAGGCUAACCUAGGUUUCAUUUCAACCUAGGAUUCAAAAUUUUGUAAUAUUUGUUAUUAAUUCUUGUCUCAAUUAUAGUCAUCUAUUGUGUCGAGUUAUGUAAUAUUUAUGAAUAUUCUAAAAAUAGAUUUUGGUACCAAUGUUCCCGUAAAGGUUAAGGCUGAAAUUUGCAUGUAAAUUAUUUAUACUUAGUCUAGUUACUAUAGAUAUAGUGAUGGGUACAUGAGUGAACAAACGACUGAACUCUGUGAUAUUAGUAAUAUGUGUGCGUGAGUGAUAAUAAAAAAAAAUAUUCUAA